CAUGGCUCUGGAGCAGAACCAGUCAGUGGAGUACGAUUAUGAGGACACCGAGAUGAACUACACUCAUGACUACAGCCAGUAUGAAGUGAUCUGCAUAAAAGAAGAGGUCAGGCAGUUUGCGAAAGUCUUCCUGCCUGCCUUCUUCGCGGUCGCCUUUGUCAUUGGACUUGCAGGGAACUCCAUAGUUGUGGCGAUUUAUGCCUAUUACAAGAAACAGAGGACCAAGACCGAUGUGUACAUCCUGAAUCUGGCUGUAGCAGACUUGUUGCUUCUGGUCACGCUGCCUUUCUGGGCAGUUAACGCAGUUCAUGGGUGGAUUCUAGGCAAAAUGAUGUGCAAAGUAACUUCGGCCCUGUACACGGUAAACUUUGUCUCCGGGAUGCAGUUCCUGGCUUGUAUCAGUAUUGACAGAUACUGGGCAAUCACUAAGGCCCCCAGCCAAUCAGGAGUGGGGAAACCCUGCUGGAUCAUCUGUUGCUGUGUGUGGACGGCCGCCAUCUUGCUGAGCAUCCCCCAGCUGGUUUUCUACACCGUGAAUGAGAAUGCUAGAUGCACGCCCAUCUUUCCCCACCACCUAGGAACAUCCCUGAAAGCAUCCAUUCAGAUGCUGGAAAUCUUCAUCGGUUUUGUGGUUCCCUUUCUCAUCAUGGGCGUGUGCUAUGCCAUUACUGCUCGGGAGCUCAUCAAGAUGCCCAACAUUAAAAAGUCCCGCCCCCUCAGGGUUCUGCUCGCGGUGGUUGUUGUUUUCAUUGUCACUCAGCUGCCCUACAACGUUGUCAAGUUCUGCCAAGCCAUAGAUGCCAUCUACCUGCUGAUCACCAACUGUGACAUGAGCAAGCGCAUGGAUGUUGCCAUCCAGGUCACCGAGAGCAUUGCGCUCUUCCACAGCUGCCUCAACCCCAUCCUGUAUGUCUUCAUGGGGGCCUCUUUCAAAAACUAUAUCGUGAAAGUGGCCAAGAAAUACGGAUCCUGGAGAAGACAGAGACGGAAUGUGGAGGAAAUUCCUUUUGAUUCUGAGGGUCCUACAGAGCCAACCAGUUCUUUUACCAUUUAAAUAUAAAACUGCUCUCUGCCUCUGCUUUUUGCUUACACACACACACACACACACACACACACACACACACACACACACACACACAUUGUCUCUUCCUCAAAUAAAAUAUUUGUGUUACACUGAGCUUCAACCAUCCAACACCAAACACUGUUGUUGCAAUGUAUAACAAAGAAGGAGCAAGGGGUGGGGGUAGGGUAAGGAAGACAGAGUAGACACCAGAGAGCAAACAAGUAGGCAAUAUAAGGAAACUAAAGCUAAUGACAGGAAAAUAGCUUGGCAGGAGGGAGAAAAGCAUUGUGCUAUAAAGAGGAAGUCUUUGUGUGUGUAGGUGUAUGUUGGGGGGGUAGUGUUUUGCAUUUUCGCUGCAGUGGUAGCUAUUCAAAUCUGAUAGCAACUGUAAUUAUGUAAUAUAAAACACUAGGUAAUGAGCACCCAGGACCACCCUGUACUAUCUUUGUAACUUCCUGUGAGUAAACAACUUCAAAAUAAAAAAA